CCCUCCCCCUGAGGCACUGCUGCUUCCAACAACAAGCAGAAGCCAGCAACAUGGCCGACCUCGGGAAGAAGUACUGCGUUAACUGCUUGGCAGAUGUAACGAACCUUCGUCUUCGUUGCACAGAUUGCCAGGACAUUGAACUCUGUCCGGAGUGCUUUUCUGCAGGGGCCGAAAUCGGAAAUCACCGGCGAUGGCACGGAUAUCAGCAAGUGGACGGUGGCCGUUUUACUCUUUGGGGUCCCGAAGCAGAGGGAGGUUGGACCAGCAGGGAAGAGCAGUCGCUACUCGAUGCGAUCGAGCAGUAUGGAUUUGGAAACUGGGAGGACAUGGCCGCUCAUGUGGGAGCCUCAAGGACCCCUCAGGAGGUCAUGGACCACUACGUGAACAUGUACAUCCACGGCAACCUGGGCAAGGCCUGCAUCCCGGACAGCAUCCCAAACCGUGUGACCGACCACACUUGCCCGAGCGGGGGUCCCCUGUCCCCCAGCCUGACCACCCCGCUGCCCCCGCUGGACAUCUCCGUGGCCGAGCAGCAGCAGCUGGGCUACAUGCCGCUGCGGGACGACUACGAGAUCGAGUACGACCAGGACGCCGAGAAGCUCAUCAGCGGCCUGUCCGUCAACUACGACGACGACGACGUGGAAAUCGAGAUGAAGCGCGCGCACGUGGACAUGUACGUGCGCAAGCUCCGCGAGCGCCAGCGACGCAAGAACAUCGCCCGCGACUACAACCUGGUGCCCGCCUUCCUGGGCAAGGACAAGAAGGAGAAGGAGAAGGAGAAGCCCGCGCCGGGGAGCGGAGCGGGCGGGACGGCGGCCCCCUCGGCGGCGGCGGCGGCGGGGGGCUCGUCCUCGGUCCCGCCCGCCCCGAAGCGCAAGAUCACCAAGGAGGAGCGGGAGCAGCGGGCGAAGCUGCGGGCGCUGUGCCAGUUCAUGGCGCACCGCGAGUUCGAGGAGUUCUUCGAGAACAUGCACAAGGAGCGGAUCCUGCGCGCCAAGGUCCGCGAGCUGCAGCGGUACCGCCGCAACGGCAUCACCAAGCUGGACGAGUCGGCCGAGUACGAGGCGGCGCGGCACAAGCGCGAGAAGCGCAAGGAAAACAAGAGCGUGGCGCAGUCCAAGCGUGGCGGCGGCGGCGGGGGGGGAGGCGGAGGAGGGGGAGGCGGCGGAGGGGGCGGGGCCGGCGGCGUCAAGGAGGAGGGGAAGGACGGCGAGUUCUCGGCCAUCGAGAACCUGUCGGGCUUCGAGCUGCUCUCCGACCGGGAGAAGGUCCUCUGCAACUCGCUCAACCUCAGCCCCACCCGCUACCUGACUGUCAAAACCAUCAUUAUCAAGGACCACCUGCAAAAGAGGCAGGGCAUCCCCUCCAAGAGCCGCCUGCCCAGCUACCUGGACAAAGUCCUCAAAAAGAGAAUUCUGAACUUUCUCACGGAGAGCGGAUGGAUAUCCCGAGAUGCUUCCUAACGUCCUCGGUAUCCCUGGGAAGUGAUUGUUAUUGUUUUGUGUGUGUGUGUGUGUGUGUGUGUGUGUGUGUGUGUGUGUGUGUGUUUGUAUGUGCG